AUGGCGUGCCCUUCCACAAAAGUCUUUGACGACUGGCUGAGGGACUUGUCGCAAUGGCGUGAGAGGUGCCAGAGGUGGAUUCGUCAGGAGUGGGAGAAUAAAUGCAACGACCCAGUUGAAUGGAAAGAGGGCGAUGUCCCUGGAUGGAACCCAGGCACCGUGUCAAGCCAAAAAGAGCUGGCCUCCCUCCGUCACUGGAAAAUUAUGAAUCCCCCUGACCGUGCCUCUGUUAAAGCAGAAGUGGCUAUAAAGGUCAAGGAGCGCCAGUGGAACCCCAAGAACGUCCGCCUGUCGGAUGCAGGCGUCAUCUAUGCCCUUUUGAUCUUGCCCGCGGAUUAUCGCAUCCGACACCUACCCUAUGACUUUGAUGACCAAGGGGAUGUACGCAAAGAACGAGUCCCGAAAGCACCCACUGUUGCCUUCUACCAGAACAACCAGCGGACGCUUGUCGCGUGGAAAGGUGUCUAUGUCUUCACAGGGGGAUACAAUGAUGCUGGAUGGUUGCUGGCCGACAAUUACCCUGCCGGAGCACCAUUUUUCCAAACUGGCCUGGUGAUCGCAUCAUCUCAUGUGAAGACAUUUGAUACCCUCAAUGUCCAGUUGACCGAAUACGAGCCAAGAAAGAUCUUCCUCCGCGAUUCUGAUCUUAUGGAGAAUCUAUGGAAACGUGCAUAUCACUUGUACGGGAUCUCACUCAGGGGUUGCAGCGAUGCUUCAGGAUAUUGUCUUGUGCUUGUAGGGCAGAACAUAUCUGGAUACCAGAAGAUGGGUCUUCUCUUUGGCUUCAAUAUCCUGAUUGGUCCCGGCGCCGACCCCAACAAUGCAAAUGAAGCAAUUCAACAAUACCAAUGGCCUUCCACGGCCUGUAAGAACAAGUUAUCUCCAGAUGCCGAGUUCAAACGACAAACCAAUGAUUUCGUCAACUUCAUUGGAAUCAAGUGGGGGCAAUUGCCAAUUCGCAGAAAGAUCAUUGAAGACAACACAACCUGCCACAAGCGCAAAAGGCCAGACAGUGGUAAUGAAACCCAAGAUUUCCUCCGAUUUCCAUCGCACUCAUCAUCGACUGGCACGGAAACGGUCAAUGAGAGAAACCCGGACCGACCAGUUCAGGAUUCCUACGACUUGCUUACUUUCAAGACACUUUGGGCCGAGCUGGCAGCCAUCGAAUCGCCCCCUAGAUACUGGGAGCUAUUCACGGCAGUCGGUACAAUGGAGACCAUGCAUCAAAGGUGGCGUCACAAUCGCAUUGCUGUUAAAAUGGUCCAACAUGAUAUCUCACCAUCUGAUGCCACUAUUAUCCGCAACCUUAUGCAAACCCUGAGCCCAAUGCUGAACUUUUUGAUUCUGGGUAUUGAGGUGGACGAAGAUCGCAUUGCCCUUGAAAAUGCUUUGAGCUACAAUUUAGCCAUGGUCUUGUUUCAGCAGCAGGUCGAUGUUCUUGAGGAGGGCAAUGUUAAACAAGCCUACAUGAACUUUUCCUCCUACUUUCAGGCAGUUGCCCUCCGCAGGCUCGACAGUCCUCAGCCAUUCAUUAAGUUGGAACAGCCAGAGGAAACAGACAGUGGUCUCCGCAGCCAAGACCCUCGACAGUCCAUCGAGACCCAAGGGAUGGACUUGUCGCCGUCGUAG